AUGGACACUGCUGUGAAGAAGAGCGAUGGCUUCAUGGAGCAUGUGGAGGAGGCAGAGAAAGGCAGCCAGUCGACUCCGCAGUAUGAUCAGUUUGGAUCUACUGCGAAGGUGGACCCGAAGGAGAUCAGGCUCGUACGAAAGAUUGAUGCUUACAUGAUGCCGAUUCUGUGGGUCAUGUAUUUCCUCAACUUUCUCGAUCGCAACGCUAUGGUAAAUGGAAAGCUUAACAGUCUUUCCCAAGACCUCAACCUCCAUGGAACGCAAUAUAAUACUUGCGUUAGCAUCCUUUUCGUCGGGUACCUCUUGGGUCAGGUCCCUUCAAACAUGCUCCUCAACCGUGUGAAGCCCGCGAGAUACAUGUCCGGGUUUAUGAUGGCGUGGGCCAUUGUGUCCACGUUACCUGCCCCGUUUUAUCCUGGGGCUUUAUUUAUGAUUUCCCUCUUCUACAACCGAAAAGAGGCAACGACGCGCAUGGCAGUGCUCUACACCGGCAACAUGUUGGCGAGUGCUUUCUCCGGGCUGAUAUCAGCAGGAGUGUUUGCCGGCCUAGACAAAAAGCAUGGCCUCGCCGGAUGGCAGUGGCUUUUUCUGAUCCAAGGCGUGGUGACCAUAGGAGUGGCCGUUUUAGCCUGGUUCAUUCUCCCCAAUUCCCCACUCCAAACACCGUGGCUGACGCCGGAGGAGCGGCAACUGGCGCAUGACCGCAUCGCCCGCGAUACCACGCAGAAAAGAGAAGGGACCAGCACCUGGACGGGACUGCGCGAAGCAUCCACUGACUAUCGAACCUGGAUCUUUGCUCUCAUGUGCAACCUGCAUCUCUCAGCCAAUGGGUUCAAGAACUUUAUGCCCACGGUGGUAAAAACUCUCGGGUUCAACGAUACCAUCUCAUUGGUACUCACUUGUCCGCCCUAUCUUGUGGCCACCUUCACAUCUGUUGCUGUCUCUUGGUCCUCGGGCCAUUUCAACGAGCGAACCUGGCACAUCACGAUCUCCAAGGGACUUGCUAUUAUCGGAUUUGCGGUGGCGUGUGGUACCCUCAAUCUUGGCGCCCGGUACUUCGCAAUGAUCCUUUUCGUCGCCGCCACAUAUGGGGUCAAUAAUAUCAACAUCGCUUGGGUGGCAGCAACAACCGGCCAAACCGAUGAGAAAAAGGCAGUGGCUAUUGCAAUCACCAACACCUUGGGCAACCUGGCCAGUGUAUAUACACCGUACCUGUGGCCGGAUAGUGAUGCUCCGCGAUUCGCCACCGCCAUGUACUGCAGUAUCGGCUUUUCAGCGGGAGUGGUGAUUUUGGCCUGGGUAAUGAAAGCCAUAUUGAUUAGGGAGAACAGGAAGAUCCGGGCCACAAACCCCGAGGAGCUCAACCUUUACGCUUACUGA